CCUUAAAUGUAUUAUAGCCACUUGUGAACUUCGAGACUUUUAGGCGUUUACUCAGGUUUGAACUUUCUCUCUAGCCUACCACAAAUAUCGUCCAUGGCUUCUCCAUCCUCAAACUUCCCCGCAGAACCCAUCAAACCUUUACUCAGUUUUCUAUUGCUUUUCUUAAGUUUUCUUCUCUUUUUCUUUUAUCCUCGUGACAACAAUUCUUAAAUUCAGCAAUCAGCAAUAAUUACAGAAAGUUAAGUGACCAAUACUAAUUCAUUUUUCAUGGCUCUUCACCAUUUUGUUUCCACUUUCCUGGUAAUGGUUCUCUUGAUCUGCUGCUGCCAACAUAUUGUAGCUGAAAACCAAUCUCAGUUCUUCACAGAUAUGAACAGGUCUUUCUCAGGGCAAAGUUUGUCUUACUGGAAGAUGUACAAAGCCAAAAUCAGCUUUUGCAUCUACAAAGGGAUUCAAUGUAACAACCGAAGCAACAUUGAGAUGAUUGAUAUCUCUCAUUGGGGGCUUUCUGGCGAGUUACCUGAGAACAUAUGCCGGUAUUUGCCUGAACUGAAAAUUCUCCGGCUUGGUGGCAAUAAUCUUCAGGGCAGCUUCCCUUUCGGUGUCACCAAUUGUUCUGUAUUGGAAGAGCUGAACAUGAGCUCAUCUAGCCUCAGUGGGACGUUGCCGGACUUAUCAUCUUUGCAAUCUCUAAAAUUGCUGGACUUGUCCGGGAACUUCUUACAGGGAAAGUUUCCAAUGUGGCUCGCAAACCUGACAAAUCUUGAGGUCAUGUCCUUCAAUCAAAAUCUGGGGUUUGAUCAAUGGGAACUACCAGAGAACGUUUCCAGGUUGACUAAGCUUCGGAAUAUGACAUUGUCGUCAUGUAACCUACAUGGAAAACUCCCAGCAUCAGUUGGCAACAUGACUUCCCUGAUCCAUCUCGAAUUGAGUGGGAAUUUCUUGGUUAACCAGCUUCCCCCUGAAUUAGGCCAACUGAAAAUUUUGCAAACGCUUCAGCUCUGCAACAACCAACUUGAAGGUGAAAUACCAGAGGAGUUUUGUAACAUGAUUGAGUUAAGGGACAUAGACAUUUCAGGCAACAUGUUGACAAAGCUUCCAGAAUCCCUUCUAGCCCUUCCACGUGUUUCGUCGAUUGACCUGAGCAACAACCGCCUAAAUGGUUCCAUCUCCAGGAAAAUUGGGAAUGCAAAAUAUUUAUCAGAACUGUUUUUGCAGAACAACAGAAUAUCAGGUCUUUUACCAGGUGAAAUCUCUGGAGCAAUCAAUCUUGUGAAAAUGAAUCUCAGUAACAAUCUCCUGUCCGGUCCAAUCCCACCUGAAAUUGGGAAUCUUACAAACCUCACUUUUCUGCUCCUGCAACAUAAUAUGUUCAAUUCUUCAAUCCCAAAAUCAUUAUCUUCACUUCGUAACGUCAUUUACCUUGAUCUGUCUAGUAAUGGCUUAACAGGGAGCAUCCCAGAAAGCCUCUCUGAAAUAAAGCCAAACUCCAUGAACUUUUCAAGCAAUAUGCUUUCUGGUGCUAUACCGCGUUCACUUGUGUUUGACAAUUACCUAACAGGCUUCUCUGGCAACCCAAGCCUUUGCGUCCCCUCAGAUCAAAGCUAUCUAAUCUCGUCCAGCAGUGAAUUCCGCAUUUGUGCACAAGCGCGCAGUCGAACAAUGUCAAGGUAUACGCUGCCGAUUGGGGUGCUGGCACUAAUUGUUUUUCCUGGAAUUAUUCUGUUUCUGAAACUAUGGUUUCAUAAAGAUAAAACAGUAACAAGUAAUAAGGGCACAUUAUUGUCCUCCUUUUUCUGGGCUGUUGUGAAUAUAUCGCAUCGUGGAGAGAUAAUUCAGUCCAUGACUGAUGGUAAAAUAUUGGGUCGUGGAGGUUGCGGGACUGUAUACAAAGUUGAGUUGAGCAAUGGAAUUCCAGUGGCUGUGAAGAAGUUGCAUAGUAGGCUACAUGAAGUCUCUGAAACUAAGGAUCAACUAGUUUUAGACAAGGAACUGAAAACUGAGGUGGACACCUUAGGAAGCAUAAGGCACAAAAACAUUGUGAAAUUGUACUGCUAUUUCUCAAGUGCAGAAGCAGGAAAUCUGCUGGUUUAUGAGUACAUGCCAAAUGGGAACCUUUGGGAAGCACUUCAUGGAGGCUUUUUUCUUCUGAAUUGGCCUAUUCGUUAUCAGAUCGCACUCGGAGCAGCGCAGGGUUUAGCCCAUCUACACCAUCAUCAUCCAGCCCCGAUCAUUCAUCGCGAUGUCAAAUCCAGCAACAUCUUGCUUGACAGGGAUUACAAUCCAAAAGUUGCGGAUUUUGGACUUGCAAAAAUCUUGGAAGAAAGAAGAGGGAAAAACUCCAUAACAACUGGAGUUGUUGCCGGAACAUUUGGCUACAUGGACCCAGGGCAUCAACCAAAUGCGACGUAUACAGUUUUGGAGUUGUGCUAAUGGAAUUAGUAACCGGAAGAAAGCCAGUAGAAAAGGAGUUAUUCGGCGAGGGGAUUCACAUCAUUGAUUGGAUAUGCAACAAGGUCGUAAACAAAGAAGCAGGACUCGAGGUUUUGGAUCCAAGGAUUUCAGAGUCAUUCGAAGAUGGAAUGCUUAAAGUGCUCCUGAUUUCAAUGCAUUGCACACACACAAAGAAAUCUUCUCGCCCAACAAUGGACGAAGUUGUCCAACUGCUUCUUCGUGCCGCUGACCCUUUGACUUCCGGCGAGCCAACUAGCAAUAUUUCCACACAACAAGAUUGACUACAUAUCAAUCAUUUGUGUAGUUCUAAUUGGGCUUGAGUUUAAUGAAAAAAUUAAACAAUAUGGAGAGAUAUUUUGUUUCUCGAAAGGGAUGCAUCCGAGUCGCUAUUCAUUGGGAACGAGUCUAAAUGUAAUAUUCAUCUCACUUGAAUUUAAGAAAAGCCUCUGUGUGUAUACCAAUGUUUAGACUUCAUUUUUUUUUUUGGUAAAAAAGGAGACCAACGCAUAAAUAAAAUUAAAUGAGUGGUCAGCUAAACACAUCUUUAGGAUCCUCUAAAUGUUAAGGCUCUGUUUGAUGAUCACUUAAUGUAAU